CGAUUCUUGGAACUUUUUGUUGUGUUCCGAAUGCGCAUGGGCACAAUGGAAAGCAACUACGUCAUCACCACUCUGUGAAGGUGUAAGGAUUGUACCCAAUCACAGCCCAUGUUUUGGUUAUCCAUCAGCAUGGCGGCGCGCGCAUAAGUCCCGCCCCUCUCUCGAACAUUUGGUUUGGCUGAGCAGCCGGCAGGGAGCGCUGACAUCGCAUUCACCUUCCGCUCUCCCUUCAGUAUCGUGUUGGUAGCGUGGUAGGUCGUGCGGCUGUAGGUAGAAGGGAGAGUUCGAUUUUUACCUUUGUUCUGAGUUUGGCUGCUCUCCUUUUUUUAGUUUUUAGGCGUAGUGAGGGCGAGAUUUUGCGUGCGCAAGAAACAAAAGAGCUGACGGGAGUACCGGUGUUAUUUUUAUUACGUUCUUUGUAGUCGUUCAAAACGAUCAACAUACAGUAUAUGAUGGAAUCACAAAACCAAGAAAGUGUGGCGGGUGGUUCGCCGGCAGAAGUGCCCAACGAUCCGGGGAAAAUGUUCAUCGGAGGGCUUAGCUGGCAAACAAGUCCAGAGAGCCUGCGAGAGUACUUCAGCAAGUACGGAGAGAUAACGGAGGUGAUGGUGAUGAAGGAUCCCACAACGCGGCGGUCAAGUCAUAGAGAUGGCAUGGAGCUCUGGCUGCCAGAUAGUGCUGCGAACGCUACCUUCGCCUCAAGGGGCUUCGGGUUUAUCACUUUCGCAGACCCAGCUAGCGUAGAUAAGGUUUUAGCACAAGGCGCACAUGAGCUAGACGGUAAAAAGAUUGACCCCAAAGUUGCCUUCCCACGAAGAGCGCAUCCAAAGAUGGUGACGCGAACGAAGAAGAUAUUCGUGGGGGGCCUGUCCGCCCCCACCACGCUAGAGGACGUGAAGAAUUACUUCGAGCAGUUUGGUCCGAUUGAAGACGCGAUGCUUAUGUUCGACAAACAGACCAACAGGCAUAGAGGUUUCGGUUUCGUGACGUUCCAGAGCGAAGAUGUUGUAGACAAAGUAUGUGAGAUUCACUUCCACGAAAUAAACAACAAAAUGGUGGAGUGCAAGAAGGCGCAGCCCAAGGAAGUGAUGCUGCCUGCGAACCUGGCCAAGACGCGCGCGGCAGGCCGCGGCACAUACGAUUUUAUGUGGUCGCUGGGUGCUUUACCUGAUGGUUUCCCAGCAGCCGCAUACGCCGCGUACGCGGCCGGUAGAGGGUACUCGGGGUACCCUAGUUUCGGGCUUCCAUAUCCUACAGGGUUCCCAGGCUACAGCUUCUUCCCUCCCCCCACCGCCCCCGCGGGAGCCCCGCCCACCUCAGACCGCGCGGCCAGUGCCUACUACGACUAUGCGGCCCACGCCGCCGUAGCCGCCGCAGCCGCCCAGCAGCAGGCGUCGCUCUCGGGCGAGGCGGUCGCCAGCAGCUCGCCCCUGCACCGGGAGCACGCGGUGUACCACCAGCCGCCGCCCCCGCACGCCAGGCACCCCGCCGCCGCCCAGCUGGACUUAACCAACGGACAGCUCACCCCAAACAAUAAUACUCCCCUGCUAACUCAGGCACUCUCAGUGAUGAACAACUACCAGGCGGCCGCGGCGGCCGCGGCGCAGGGCUUCGGCCCGCCCGCCUCGCCGCACGGCGCGAGCACGCGCGGCGCCUUCCCGCCCGCCAACUCGCCCGGGCCCAUCGACAUGUACGGCUCCGGGGCGGGCGACAGCGUCGCCGGCUACGUGCAGGCCGCCAGCCCGCAGCCGUCCGGCUUCCCCGCCCUGGCGGUGAGUCGAGCUCCCAUCAACUAUAGCCCCGGUCCUUUAAUUCCGGCAGCAUUCACAAAUGGUUAUCAUUGAGGCUAAAUGCCAACAUUAUUUCAUGGUCAGAAUCAUUGUGGCGCGCCUUUGUGGGGGAUAGAAGCAUGGAACGAAGCCUCAUCUAACUGUUGUGUUGUCCCCAAAAAAAGGCUUCAAUCUUCUUCCCUUGGUGUUCCGCGUGAUUGAUCAACACUUCAAACUCUCAAGUACAUACCCACAAAGAAUAACAAAAUAAUAAUUUGAUCGUCAGCACAGUCAUUCGAUCGUAAAUAUAUAUUAUGUAUGAUUAACAUUUUAUGAUAAACUAUAUAGGACAAGAAUACACAUAUACAAAGAAAUAAGUGUUGAAAAUGUCUGUUCGCAAGUGAGGACAACAGAAGAAAGAUAGAAGAUUGAAGAAGAGUAACUGUCUGUUGUGAAAUGUUAUUUUUCUUUUUGAGAAAAUAAUAGUUUUUGUGUCCAAUAUUUCCGUGAAGUAACUGGUGCUUUACUUUUAUAUGCAUGCAUAUUUUUUCAAAGAAUAAUACAAACAAACCUGGCAUAAAAAAGUAUAUAUGUAUGAAACACCUGUAAUUUUCCUCAGCAUCGUUUAUUUGGUUUGAAAAAUCAUUCCUCUGAGCCAGGACGAUAAGAAGAAACACUUGGUUUAUUUACCUCUGUGAUUUGAUGUUCCUCUCUAACCGACCCGACGACUCAUCGAGAUGCGUCGAGCUAGUUUUGUUUAAGAAAGAAGACAGUAGUGUGAGCCAGCCCAAUGUCAAGUGCUGAAAAAAAAUUGAGAGUUGUAACAAUCAUUGUUGGGCCGUUGUUGUAAUCUAAUUAUGUACAAGUAUGUUGUGAUAAUUGUACCAGUGUUAAAUCCACAUGCUUCAAAGAUUCACUCUCACCCUAUUUUAACCCCACACUAAGCAAUUUCACACACACAUAUAAUGAAUAUUAUUAUAAACUACGCACCACGUAGUCACAUGAUAGUUUCAUGAAUCGUAAGAGGUAUGGUGGAAAAUGAUUAUAUAAGUUGAUGUUAGUCCAAAUACAAGUAUGUGUGUAAGAUACGGAAAUAUUCUGGAAGUUUGUACUUUGAAAUCAUGUGAAAGCUGUAAUAAGUUUAAAAAAAGUAUUUAUAAAAAUGAUAAUCACACAUUUUAUUAUAACUACCUAUUCACUCAGUGAAAUAAAAAAAAACAUUGUGUGUGUAUUCAUGGAAAGCCAUUAUAUAAUCUUAUCAAUGAAAUAACCUGUAUACAUGUCUUACAAAAUAUUAUGACUUGUCUAUAAUUAGUUAUAUGCAACCAGACAUGAAAUACUAAGAGUGAAUAACAGUGUGAAUGAUCGUCAAAAACACUUUUUGACCGUGGCAAUUCUGGAUCUCCUACUGUUGAACGCGAAGCAUGCUAGUGUUGAUUAUCACUAUUAGUUUACAAAACAGUUGCUCGUCGACUCUUAUUUGAUUAAAAAUACAUGAUUUUCACAUUUCAUGCCUUUUUCGCCUUGGCAUUAAAUGGCAUUGCAUAUGAAUUGUAAAAAUAAGUAAACAUUCGAAAUCUUAUUGAUUAUUUUACCUCUACGUUACAACGUACAUCGGGUCAUGGUAAAAAAAAAAGUCUCCUUUAUUGAUCACGUCUCAUCUAGGUUACAGGGUAAAUGAAACAUGUUACAAAGGUGAUGUUACAUGAUGUUCAUAUUUUAAAAAUUGUAAAUUACUAUUUUUUGUAAAUUAUGGACCAACGUGGUGCAUGGGUACUUGGAGAGCGUUUCGCCUACUGCCCGCCCAUUAAUACCUUGGAUGAUAAGCCACAACAGAAUAUAUCUUUUGUCCGAUUAGCACUGGCAUUACUUAGUUUCAGUAAUAUAUCUCCGCAGACCUUUAGAUCUGUCGAGUGUAAAAUGUAUUAGGUUUGAGAGAAAUGAGUUUUCGACUUUAAAUAGUAAGCUUUGAUUAUGAUAUACCUGUUUUAUAUGUGUAUAAAUAUGACAAAAAAAUUUAGUAUGUUUCUUGUUGAUCAAGAUAUUCUGUUAUUCUGUUCUGAAAAUUUGUUGGUUUUUAAGACCAUUAAAGAUUUGUUGUUAUAAAUUUAAAAAAAAGUUGUCAUCUCUCUUCCAUGUGACAACGGCAGUUAAUAGGCCUAAAUCUCUUGUUGAAAAGAUGAAAAGACAGUUGUUAACAUGUGAAAAAGUCAUUAGUUGCUCUGUGCUUAGUUAACAGAUAACUAGUUCAAUAGUGGCAUGCUGUUUGUAUAAUAGGGACGUGAAGAGAUUUAUUUUUCUCAGUGACUUCACAUAAAACGUCAACAAUAAGUUCUUAAGUUGUAUUUUACAUUUUGUUUUAUUCCAAUGUUUAUUUUAGUAUUUUCAAAUAAAUCAAUUUUAUAUUUUCAUUUUGUUUUUAGAAGCAAAUCACAAGGUUUCCCACCUUUAAAUAUGUAUUUUACUACUUCUAUUAAAUGGUAAAAUUAAAGAAAUGAUACUUACAUCCACCAUAUGAAUGUACGUCCAAUUCAGUCCAUUUUCUUUUUUAGAAUUUUUUCAGUUUCUGUAAAUACUAGCCAUUGAUGUUGCUAUUGGAAACCCUUCAUUAGAAAAUCAAGCACCCAUGCCUAGCGGAAGAAUAACACAACUAAAGUAAAAAAAAAAAGAGAACUUUCAAUAGCAAUUUUAACGAAGGCGUGAACAAAUGAUGCUGUAUGUACAUUAAUAUUACAUGAACACAAAAAGUGAAUGUGAACGAUGGAAGAAAAAUUCAUAGUAGUAGUAGCUGUAGUGGUUGUAGUUUCAUAAUUAUAAUUAGAUGUAUUGGUAAAGUAGUUAUUUGUGUAGCUUUAGUAGUCUAGGUGAACGCAAACACGUGGGUAUGCGAGCGAACAUCUCGCGCGCCUUUGAGAAUGAGGGUUGGCUUCAUCUCGUAGUGUUUUUGUUUCUUUAAUUGUUAUGUUGUAUAAUUUUUUCUCAUUUUAAUAUUUCUCUCAAUUGCCACCUUAAGGCAUACUACUUAUGCAAUGCUAUAUUGGGAUUUGAUAUGGGUGAGGUUAUUUUCAGUGUACAUGGUUAUUUUUUGGAUCUUUCUUAAAUUGUAUAUAAAUGUAAAAAGAACACAGUAAAUAACAAAUUUUUAAGUUUAUUUCAAGUAUCUUGUGUUCAAAAACUCUGAUCCAACUGUCAGCAAUAUUACAUUUUAAAUUAAAUGAAUGAUUAAAGCAAUGUUACGUAAAAACUUGCGCAAGAUUCUUUGUGCCGAUAUUGACUGGAAUCUGGAGGGGUUUUGAUAACCGUUUUGACUGACAUUAGAAGUAGCAAAGAAUUGGAAAAUUUUAGCAUCAAUUUUAGUAUAUGGAUUAAAUAAUUGAAAACUGCGUUGACAUUUUCAGUUUGUGUUCCAGUUCAUUAAUUUUUUAGCUCCCUAUAAAUUAUAUUGGAUUGUUUUGCGUAACAGUUCUUAUUUUUCUUGAGUGUUGCCCAUCUUCGACAUGUUUAUGUGUGAAAGCGUCUUGUGUUCCUUUAUUCAUUUGUCUGCGUUUUACUAAUGCAGUUUCGUGAAACACAAUUAACUCCUUAACCUUCGUCACUGAGAAAGGAAAAAUAUGGAAAUAUUUAUUACAGUACAAAGUUCAUCGUAUAUACGUGUAUUUUGUUCGACUUCUUAGUGUUAAUGAUUUAGAUUCAGAAAAUUAAUUGGUAGAAAAUGAUACGCUGACGCGCGUACAGUUUUUUUUAGCAGAAAGCGAAUCGGUAGCUAAAAAUAAAAUUUACGUAAAUAUUUUAACUUUAAAUUAUAUAAUAGAAAAUUAUGUAUCCUUAUAAUUUAAUAAAGUCUCCUAUGAAAUUAAUUAUCCAGAGUAGUUAAAAAUUGUUUAUAUUCUAAGAUUGUAUAAAGUCUUAGUAAUGAUUUUUACCUUUAUCUUUUUAAUAUCAGUAGUCGUAUUUAGCAGUACCCAGUAUGUUAUAUAAUAAAAGUAUUGCAUUUCUUUUAAGUAUUAUGUAAAUGAAAUCAAUUUUUCGACUAUGUUUACAGAGUAAACGUUUAUAAUGUGUAUUUUUACGUGUAAAAAGUUAUACGCCAACAGAUCUGGGUAUAAAAAAAAUUCGAUUUUUUAUUUCUUUUACAUCAGUUUUGUUUUGAUUGUGUUAGACUUAAUUGUUUAAAGUUAGGAUUUAGAAUCACAGUAUUUAUUACAUGUACAGUGAUAAUUGCUCUGGAGGUCUUAGCUUACAGUUCUCUCCCGUUGUAAUAAAAGUCUGAUAUGCUUAAUAGAAUCUAAAACCGUGAUAGUAAACGGAAAUAACGUAUCCUGACACAAUUAUUAUAUUUAGAAUGUUUUAGUUAUGAUUUUAACUUGUUAUGACUUAGUUUCGUACGACUUAGAAAAGUUAUUUGUUAUUUAGUUGCCGAGACUGUCAACUGUUUCUAGCAUUGCUACCGGUAUGCAAUGCAUAGCAGAUUUGCUAUUAUAAGCCGACAUUAUUUGUGAUGAUACGCGCAGAAAAGUUUGAGCGACAUUUAGUAUUGAAAAUGACAGGGUUGAAAUUUUAUGUUAACUGUGUAGAUGUUUAUUUGUCUUUUAAUUUUUUUGAUUUGUCCAUUGGUUCAGAAUAACAAAAAAAAAAAUCCAGAAAAUAGCUUUGUGUAGCAUUUGCUUAUUUUAAAUGUGGAUUAUUUUGUAUAUAUGAUCUUUUCUCUUUAUCAACAGUUUUGUUUAGUUUAACUUAACUUUAUGUGUGUUUUUAUUAGUACAACCAAUAUCAUGCCAAACAAAUUUUUAAUGCAAAGCAAAAAAAGCAAUAUAUCAUAAGUCCAUCGUAGAAUCAUUCAUUCUUUUUUUUUUUAAUUCCUAGUAAUUUGACACGAGAUGUGUUGCUGUCAAUUGACACUAGCACUAAGAACGCUGUGAAUACCAAGUGGUCUAUGGACUACACGCGAGGAAAUCUUGAAGAAGCUAUAAACUAUACUUUGCUAGAUGCACAUACAUUAACAAGUAAGUGACUUUUACGUUGCCAAAUGCUAAUUCCUCUUGAUGAACAGUAUAAAGCUGUGGCAAAUGAUGUUUGCGCCACGUAGCUUACGGCCAACUCGAGUUUGUGGCGGGGUGGUGGGGGGAUAGAAAUUCGCGGUUAUUGUUCGAGGCGGACAGGGCGAGUGGACGACCGCCCUCCCCUGCAACUGGGCUGAGGGGGCAAAAUAAGUCCCUCGCCCUUGACGCUGUUGUCGAUGUUAGAGGACCUCGCCGCGCCGCAACGCCAUCCACAAGCACACGAACUUGUCUUCGUUAACGUGAGCAGGGUUUGCCGACAACCGAGCGCUUGAACAGUGGUCACGGAAACCUGCAGAUUCUAUGCUACAUUUUUUUUAAAUCGAAAUAUGUGUUAGUGUUGUUUUUUUUUUUCAAUUUGCGUGUCCCGUUGUGCAGAAAAAAAAAAUUUAAUUCUUUGACAAACACGCAAUUACAGGGACACAAUGGCCGAACAACACAUAUGGUCACCCUAGCAGCCGAUGUUGAUGAUUGAUUACGACACGAAAUACUGUAGGUUAAGGGAGAUCGACGGAGAAAGGCUCCAGACGUCUAUCUGUGUAAUGAACGAAGGGGAUGAUUAUCGUAUUGUAUUAGGUGUUCUACUAAUACCAGUAAAACAAAAACAAAAAAGUGAUACGAUAAGCAGAGGCGUAAACCUUUCGGCAGAAUUGCGAGGUCAGCCAAUAUGGUCAGAAACAAUUCCUGGUUGAAAUGCUGAACUUUAUUUUAUUUUUGUGGUUUAAAAAAUAAGCAUGACCCAUUGCACAGUAAAAGAAUAUUUUAAUUAUCUCAUAAAAAAUGUUAAACAUUGAACAUACUCCAAAAUGUGCAUCAAAAGAGGACGAUGUUAUGUCAGUUUUCUAUUUAAACUUCUUAAACGGAUACUUGAAUCUUUCCUUUACGAAAAGACACGUGUACUAACGCAUCUGCAGAUGGGAGUGCGCUUUAGGAACAGUAAACAAAU